AACCCUUUCGAGCGCAUGCGCAGCAGCGUCACAGCGCGGGACAGUUAGCUAGCUAGUUGUUAGCCAUUUGAUUUGGUUUAAAUUAGAGCGUUUUAUUUUAUUUUCUUACAUUAAACACAAAACAGCGCGAUAAUGAACACGUCCAGCUUCACUCCGGGCGCGAGUGCAGAAGGGCCGGAUAAAGUAGACAUGUCUCUCGAUGACAUAAUUCGAUUGAAUAAGAAGCAGAAGCAGCUUCAGAGCCACAAGUCUGCCCUCAAAAAGCACAAGUUGGCAGUGAGGGGCCGUUUAAACCAGGGAACGAGAAUGACCACACCGCUACAGAGGGGAGGAGGAGCGGGUAAACUGUUUGUCCGUGGCCAGAAGUUUGUACCCCCACCUGGGGGAAAGCGUCGCGGGCAGGGGGUCAUCACUGGCCUGGCAGCGAGGAAAACAGCUCUCCUAAAAGGUGUCAGUCCACUAAACCGGCCAGCACUGAAUCGAAUGCCUCGAAACAGACGGACACCCAGUCGACUAGGCAACGGCAGAGUAACUGUAAACCACUCAGCAUUUCCUCAGAGAACAAGGCCGUUUGUUGCGCAGCGUGAAUCUCAGCGCAGGCAGACGUACACACAGAGGUGGCCAUACACACAGCGGGACACACAGAAAGCGCCGCCCCACAUGACCCGCAGACCCUUCCAGCUCCACAGGAAAUGGAAUGGUCCUCCAGUUCAUGAGUCACAUAGAGAGGCACGCCAGGCCACCUUCCUGUCCAGAAGAGGCCUAAAGGUGGUCUUAUCUGUUAGUGUCACACCGGGGCCACGGCCUGGAUUCAAACAGGUCCAAACUCAUGUGCAGAAAACAGCCCCAUCAACACAGAGAACACAAAGGACCCGGCCGUGGCGCACUCCUCAGAACAACACCGGCAUUCUCACAGUGUCAAUUGACAACCCCACUGCCAGAACUCAGCCUGAGCCGGCCCACUCGUGGUCUCUCCACCCCUCUACCCCAGCCCCUCCCCCUACCCCUGCAGAGGAGCCUGAGAGAAAACCGCCUAAAGGAGUUGCUUUGCAGUUUGACAUCAACAGUGUGGGAAAACAGACCACGAUGACACUGAACGAGCGAUUCCGGAUUCUGAAGGACAAACGCAUCGCAGCAUCGAAGCAGAGCAGCAAAGGAGGACGAUUCGUCACUGUUGGCUAACUACGAGCCCUACGGACCAAUAAGAGAGACUUACUGAGGUCACAUGUUUCUUUUGACCCAAUCUCAGAGCAGUAAACUGACCCAAACCCCGCCCAGACAGAGAGACAGAGCGGCCACGUUAGCUCCAGCGCUCCGGACCGGCUAAUGGAGCGCUGUUUAUGAGCGAUGUUGUGUUUAAUUUCCUGGGCUGAAGAGAUGCUUUGAAACCUGGAGGCCCUGACGCUCUGAUUCAACAAUGUUUUUGAGCUUUUUCAUGUUUGUAUUUGGCUGCAAUUCCUUCUUUUCUCAAAGCCAGUGUUCCUGUGUUUGGGUUAUAUUUUGUGUUCCCUGAGCAACUUUUACAUCAGUUAGAUCAGAUGAUAAAGUUUAGUUUUGUUUUUUAUGAAGAGGGGAGCUGCUCGGGGUCGAUGAAGAAGAGACGGGUGCUUUGUUGAAAAGAGAAUUUUGGUUGUUGUUUUUUUUUUCUUGUCCAACAGAAGUGUUUUAAACAUUUGUUUUAUAAUGUUUCAUUAAAUAAAUGGAAUAUUGUCUUUCCUGA